ACAUACAAAAAGUGAAUUUUGCAUGAUACAGCCCCUUUGAGAUUCAUUCCCACUGCCACAUUUUUACUUGAAUGGAGAUAAAAUAACUUAUUACGUAGUUUUCAGUAUUCAUUACACUGCAGAAAGAAAAAUUGUUCACUGAGGAGGAAAAAAUGAUUCCAUUUUUCAUUUAAGGCUAGUGAUUUAUUGUGACAGGAAAUAUCAGAAAAUUAAAAUCUCAAAUGUGAAACUUAACAUGUUUAAGCCUUUUGGACAAAGCAAUGAUCGGAAUAAAAUGCAUUCACAUUCCUGUAGCAGCAGAACAUUCAGGCACCAAUCACUGAAACACUUUGUUCAAUAAUAAUAUCUGUUAUGCAGCCUGCACCUUCUCUAACAUACAUCCAUUCAAGCUGUAAUAUACUUAUACUCUUAUAGUUCUUACUUACUUAAUAAAUAAAUAAAUAAAUAUAUAGGCCUGCAAAGUAAGAACAUUUUGUCCUGUACUUUUGAGGCACUCCCCUCUGAGCCUCCACUUCAUUCACCACCCCCCUCCUCACAGUAUAUAAAAAGUGGGUGUUUCAAUGUACUUCACGUCUUUGUCUUCCAGCAGCCUGACCAGGGGGAAACAUCCAAGCCUCAUCAUGAGCAAAAACUACCUGUCCAAAAAUGAUGAGCUCCGCAAAGGCGACUAUCUCUUGUCCAACAACAGGGAGUUCAAGGCAGUUUUUCAGGAUGAUGGGAACUUUGUGAUCUAUGGCUGGAAACCUGUGUGGCAUAGCGACACUGCAGACAUGCAUGCUGUGCGCGUGUGCAUGCAGUCCGACUGCAACCUGGUCAUGUACACCAGGGACUCCAAGCCUCUGUGGCACACCAACUCCGCCAAGGACACCUGCAACAUGUGCCGGCUCCACCUGACGGAUGAAGGGAAGCUGGUGGUGAGCCGAGAGUAUGACGAGAUCUGGAACUCCUCCAACUCAAAAGGAAUGAAGUGA